AGGACAGCAGUGGUGGCGCCGGUGCAGAGGCCCAGUGGACGUACAUCACGGGCGCCGACAAAGACUACCAGCGCGUGGAAGUGGAGGGACCGAUGAUUCCGCUGUGGAUACAGAUAAUGCUAAUCAUAUGCCUGUUGUGUAUGUCCGGCCUGUUCUCGGGCCUCAACUUAGGACUCAUGGCUCUCGACAAGAAUGAGCUGAAAGUCAUCGAACGGUGCGGAACGGAACAGGAGAAACAGUACGCCAAACAGAUAACGCCUGUCCGCAAGCGGGGUAACUAUCUGUUGUGUACCCUAUUGUUGGGUAAUGUGUUGGUCAACAACACCCUCACUAUACUUCUGGAUUCACUCACGUCGGGCUUCGUGGCGGUCGUCGCCUCCACCAUCGCUAUCGUCAUCUUCGGGGAGAUUAUACCGCAGGCCCUGUGCUCUCGACACGGGCUGGCAGUCGGCGCCCGUACGGUGUGGUUGACGUACGUGUUUAUGGUCAUCACAUUCCCCCUGUCGUUCCCCAUCUCCAAGAUCUUGGAUAAAGUUUUAGGUUUUUAUGCAUUCAUUAUAUUUGUUAUCGUUUGGUAUGUGUUGUGGUGUCUGUGCACAGGUGAAGAGAUCGGCAAUGUGUACGACAGGGAACGGCUGAUGGAGUUUAUACGGGUGACCAAAGACCACAACCGAUUAGAGGCCGAUGAGGUUAACAUCAUCUCCGGUGCCCUAAAACUCUCGAAAAUGAAAGUCUUGGAGAUUAUGACACAAAUACAAGACGUGUUUAUGUUGCCCUACAAUACAAUACUGAAUUUCGAGACCCUGACACAAAUCAAUAGCCAGGGCUACUCCCGAAUACCGGUGUUCGAAGGGGACAGGAAUAACGUGGUCGGCAUAUUGCACGCUAAGGACCUGGCGUUCACCGAUCCCGACAAUAAUAUGCCGAUUAAGGCGUUGAUUGAGUUCUAUAAACAUCCGCUAUAUUUCGUGUACGAAGACGUGACACUGGAUGUCAUGCUUAACGAGUUUAAACAGGGUAUGUGUGCCCCCAAACCCCCUCCCAUUCCCAUCAACACCUACGGUUACCCCUCUAACCGUAUAGCCAGUAAGUCGCACAUGGCUUUCGUGCGUAAGAUAGUGGACGACGGUGUGAACGAUCCGGUGUACGAGUUGGCCGGAGUGGUCACUCUGGAGGACGUGAUCGAAGAGCUCAUCCAAGCGGAGAUCAACGACGAGACGGACGUUAUCUCGGACAAUCGGCGCAAACAAAAGCGCAAAGAAGUGGUGAAUCGACCGAAUUAUUCGGAUUUCGUACGCCUGGGCGCCGCCGCCACUGCCGCCGGUGGACAGGCGGGUCAGGAGACCGUGAAGUUGUCCUCGCAGUUAGCACUGGCCGCCUACCGAUACCUGUCCACGUUUGUGGAGCCAUUCACCAGCGAAUACCUGUCCGAAAACGUACUCAAGAGGUUGAUGUCGCAGAAGAUCUACGUCGAGGUCCGCGUUGAUCCGAACGCCAAGUUUGAGUCGGAGGCCGGAGUGCCGAAGGAGAAGCGCCUCUACACUUAUGGACAGCCGUGCGAUCACUUCGUACUCAUUCUGGAGGGAAGGGUUCGCGUGAUUAUUGGCAAAGAGUCGCAUACCUACGAGUGCGGGGCCUUCCAGUGCUUCGGCGUAUCGGCCCUUAAGCUCACGGCUGGCGAUAACGAACGGGUGGCCAAAUCGGCCUCUUUGGGACGCCUGUCCAUCGCUGAUGUGCUAUCAUUAGCGCCACAACAACAGUCCACACCUCCCAACCCGCCAACAGAGGGCACAACACCUCCGCCGACUACCGGCCCCUUGAGAUCGUCGGCGUCCACAGCGUCUACGACGUCAGUGGCCUACAGGGGCUCCGUAGCGGACGCGCGCGAGUCCAUGGCCUUUGUGCCCGACUUCACGGUGUACUGCAUCGAACACACGACGUAUAUGCGAGUCGACAGAACCACAUACCUGUCCGCCGUGAGGGCCACUAUCAUAGAGCGUCAGCGACAAAAUGGUGGCUCCUUUAGCGCGGGAACGGGUGGUCAGAGGGAUGGCGGCGCUGAAGGAGGCGUAGAAGACGACGGAUUCAUACAGUUUGUCGGAUCCGAAUCGGGCGGACAAUCGCCGCGAGUGACCACCGCUAACAACACGAGACCUAAGCCCCCGGCCGGUAAGCGGUCGCCCACCGGGUCUACCGGUGCGGGCGUUAAGGAUGCCGACGGACUGCCCCCGAAAUACGAGGAAAGUGUCAAAACAAAUAGCGUUUCGAAGCAAAUGAGUGCUAAUAAUAAAGGCUUGAAUCCAUUGAAUGACAGUUUGAGCCAAAAUUCAACGGAAAGUAUCGAUAAAAAUAGUAUUAAUAGAAGUGAUAGUAAUUUAAAUGAUGAGAAAUCGCAUCUUAUUUGAUAUAUACCGGUCCCCACUUUCACACCUACUGAAACACACCCCUUUCCCC